UCGCUAGCAUUACCCUCAAUUUGUUUAAAAAAAUGUAUAUUGAAAAAAAGCUAUAUUUAUAAAGAAUAUAGACAGGCCAGGCGGCCUGAUGUUUUAAGCGGCCUGCCUGGCCUGGCUGAAGUGUCGGCCUGGCCUGCCUGUCAUAGGCCAGGCCUAAAAAACGUGGCCUGUGCCUGUGACAGGCAGGCAGGCCCAGGCAGGCAGGCAGGCCUAGUGGCCUGGUUGGACCUCUGUUACCUAAGCAUUGAUUGAUACCCGAUGACUUCCUUUGUUUAUUCUAUCAAUUGAUGAAUCAUAGCUUUUAACUUUCCCCCUUGCUAAUUAUUGGUAAUAAAGUCCCAUACAUAAUAAUCUACAACAUUGAGAUCAUAGCUGUUUGAUGGGCAUCUGCCGCUGUUAACAAAUCAUCCGUGAUAUUGUGUCAAACCAUGCGAACAAUUGAUCAAGAACACUUCGUGUGAUAUAGUCUUGUUGGAAGAUCAAAUCAUCCCCUACGAGCUCUCUAUCUUCAGAUAGUGCAAGAAAAAUAAUCUGUUUUUGCAGCUUCAAAGAUGCAACUCACAGAAUUUCGUCUAUUUUGAACAGAAAAGAUGCAUGCACUAAAUAACCUGUUCUUGUUAAAUUGUAGAACUUUUUACGUUCCAUGCAGUGGUGUGUUUUGUUAUUUCAAUACAAAUCAUUAAGUGACAUAAAUUGAAGUAAAAAAAGCUUGCUAGUGCAAACCCUUUGGCACUGAAAUAUAAAUCUCACAUAUCCUUUUCAGGUUCAUUAUUCUGGUACAACAUACAUGGCAUAAAAGCACCAAAAGACGAUAGUUGUGAGUGUUGGUUUGGGCUCCAGCGUGCGUGUGACAUUACUGUAUCCCAAAACCCACACCUCACAAUAAACUCUGCAAUUUCUGUUCCGAAAUAUUUUGAGACGAAGAAAAUAGUAAAAACAGAGGUUAAGAAUUUUAAGCCACUACUGAUGAUGACAAAAGAAAAAACUAAUACAAAAUUGGCAUUUUUGACAAAUCAAAAACAAUUACAAUAAAAACACAGACAGUAUCCUUCAUUAAUGUAUCAGGUUACAUAUGUACGUAUGACUACAUUCUCUAAUGCAUGCGAAAGCUCAUCGAUAUUAUUGCAAAAGUUACAAAAAAGAAAAUGACGCUCUAUAACACACAACAACCUUGAAUUUGUUAUUUUUUUCUCUUCCUGCCGGUAAAUAUUGAUAAUACAUCACUUUCUGUUUUUCUUUCAUCUUGAAUUAUCUUGAUUAUUGGAUUUUAUCCCAGUCAGUAUUGUUUUCUCCCUGUGUUUAAGAGUUUUCUUGGAGAAGUACGAAGAUAAAACGCAACCGAGUAGCAUUAACACAAAAUACUAUAGAUUAUUUUUGACCUUUUUACACUGGAUCUAUUCAGGAUUUAUUUGGAUGUAUUUACUAUGUCUGAAUAUUAGCACAUCCACACCUACACUUUUCCAGAUAUUUAGUGUUGACUUGAGCGGAAUUCAUUUGAAAACAAAUAGAUACUCCUUCAAAAGAUCCGAAAGUCCGAACACUAAUAAGUGACGAUAACUGCUGUCAUUUACAGAUGAGCGAUAGUUCCAUAAAGAAAUGUGUAACGGCAUUAAAGACAGUUCAUUGUCAAUUUUUUUCUUUCGUCGAUAUACAAUACUCGUUAAAAGUCUCUCUACGAGAUGAAAACUACCUCAAUGUUCACCAUUUGACCUCAGAUUUUUACCAUGAAUAGAACUCAAUGAAUCCUGAUCCAAACACCAACCUCAUCGCGAUUAGUUGAGCUAAACCCGAAUAAUUACUUACACAAUAUCGUCCGCUUGUCUAGAUCUUAUCUCGAUAACGUUUCUGACGAAAACCGUUAUAGAGCCUCUAGUCUUAGUUUUCAGUUUGUUUUUAAUAACUCGAGUAAACUAUGAUGAGUUCCUUUAAAUGUUUGAGUUGCAGGUUGCUAUGCCUUUAGUAAUUUGUGAUAAAAUUUUUAGAAUCACAUUUUAAACUAGAGUGGAGAUGGAGUCAUCAAAAGAACACAUUACAGCACAUAUUGCCAAUCAAUGAGAUGUCGAUAUCAUGGACUGCGUUUUUGGCUGCAUAAACUAAAUGUAAGAUACUACAAUUAUCACUAGCAAAAGCCUAAAUGUAUUAUACUAACGAGAAACGACAAGCAGAAAUUCUCUGAGUUCAUAUUUUACACUCACUUUCGUUCAAUUUUUACAAAGAUAUAUCAGCAGGUUUUUCAUACAUAGACACUGCCGUACACAAGUUAACUGAGCUUCCGCGUUAAGUCAACGUCUUGUUUGGAAUCUUGCUAGUUCACCUCCAAUAUUCACGCAGAUAACACUAUUUCCUCUGGAUGUAAAACCAUCAUUAAAUAGGCACCGCUUCUCACGAGAACGUCUAAUAACUUUUUGCGUAAAUUGAACGAAAAUGAGUAAAAAUGUGAGCUCAGAGAGUUUUUGCUUAUACCUUAACGUUAGUACAAUUAAUUUAGGUUUUUGAUAGCGGCAAGUACAGUACCUCACGUGUAGUUUAUAAAAUCAAAAGCAUAUCUCAUAAUAUCGAGAUCUCAUUGAUUGGCAAUAUGUGCCGUAAUGUGCUUCUUCAAUGAGGCCAUCUCUGCUCUAGGUUAAAAUGUGAUUCUGAAAAAUUUAUCACAAACUACUAGAGGCACAGCAAGUUGCAACUCAAAGGUUUAAAGAAACUCAUCAAAGUUUAGUCGAGUUAUUAAAAACAAACUGAAAACUAAGAAUAGAGGCUCUAUAACGAUUUUCGUCAGAAACGUUAUCCAGAUAAGAUCUAGACAAGCGGACGAUAAUGUGUAAGUAAUAACUCGGGUGCACCUCAACUAAUCGCGAUGAGGUUGAUGUUUGCGAUCAGAAUUCAUCGAGUUCUAUUUAUAGUAAAAAUCUGAGGUCAAGUGGUGGACAUUUAGGUACUUUUGAUCUCGUAGAGGGACUUUUGAUGAGUUCUGUCUUUCUAAUACUCCAGUUUUAUCGAUUGCAUUUUGCAGGUGAUCAUUUAUAAUCAAAAGAAAUUAUCGACAACGUGACCAUGGUUUUCUUCAUCCUUUUUCUUUUUAUGGAGAAUACAUCUUAUUCCGCGAUGUUGAACAUUCCGGAAUCAGUUCCGUUCAAUUCCGGGAACUCGAUCAUGAUUCUGUAGAACAGGCUUAAUUGAUAUUGAUCGGGUUCCAUCGAUUUCCGGAAUUCCGGGAAUUGAGUGAAGACGGAGUUAUAGGGAAUUCCUGGAAAUUCCGGAAUUGGAAGGAAUUUCUGGGCAAUGGGAGUAAUUCGGUCGGGAAUUAGUUCCCGCCAUUCCUGGAAUUGGCGGAACUCGAUCGGUGCCGAGUAGGUCAAUUAUGCCGAAUGAUGAUCGAGUUUCCGGCAUUAGAUGGAACUGAUUCCGGGGGGAACUGAUUCCGCAAUGUUCAACAUUGCGGAAUAGGAUGACUGCUCUUUUUAUGAUCGUUUCGAGUCUUUAAUAGGACAAAGUUUAUGGGAGAAAAGCCGAAAUUGUGUUUUAAUGAAAUUCUUUGCAGUAUUUUACUUCUAGACUACAGUAGAAAAUUUAUUUCACAAGCGAUAUUAUAUCUUGAAAUAUAACCACUUGAAAUUCACCACAAAAGAACAUCGCCGACGGUUUCGAGUAUAAAUAUCAUCAUUUGAUGUGUAGUUAUUUUGCUUUACGUUCUUUUAUCUUCGGUAAAAGCAUAUAAUCAUCUUUAUAUAUUUAAAAACAAAGAAGAAAAGAACAAAAAUCAGUCUUACUUCGUCCACAUAGAUAGGCAAUGGAUACCAACAAUAAAAAAUCUUCAAAUAAGCAACAAAACAAAAAAGCAACAAUUCGAAUUAUAAUAGAAGUGAGCAUUGCUAUUAUAAUAGUCAUAGUAACCAUAAUAUUAUAUAUCCAUUGGAAAAAAUUAAUUAUUAAUAGUGUACUGAAAGAAGUAAUACUUAAACCGAAUUCAGCAGGUUAUAAUACAUGGUUAAAUCCGCCGACAACUAUUACAAGAACUUAUCGCCUUUUUAAUAUAACUAAUCCUACUGUAAUUGUUUCUAAUCCUGCUACGACAACAAUAAGUGUUCAAGAAACUCGACCAUAUUCAUAUUUAUUAUCUUCAACUAAACAAAAUAUUCAAUGGUCAGAGGAUUAUAGUUCAAUUAGUUAUUCAGUUCAUCGAUUAUUUACUCGCCAUCCAACUCGAUUUGAUUCAUCAUCUGUUAAUGAUACAGGUGUAUUUAUUGAUUUUGUUCGAGCUAUGUUUCGAGCACAAUUUCCAAUUAAAGCAGUACCAAUAUUUUAUCAUUUGGGUGGCAUGGAAACAUUUUAUCAUAGAAAUGCUAUUGAACAAUUAGAAGGAUUUACUUCAGAUUUAUUUGAUAUCGUUCGACAAAAAAUGACUGGGCCAAAUACAGCUAAAUCAGGUUUUAUCUAUCGUUAUAAUGACAGUCGAGCAUACAAUUAUACAGUUAAAUCAGGUUUGAUGGAAAAAGGUCAAGUACUUUCUUUUUCCAGUGAAAACGUUCCAUUUGCAUUUUCUACAGAAAACUUGCAUGGUGUUGUUAUCUAUGAUGGUCUUACAUUUGUGCCAAUGCUCUUCAAAAACCCAUCAUUCAAUAUUUUUCAACCUGAUUUUUGUCGUCCAAUUAAUGUUAAAUACAAUAGGGUUCUAUCUAUGUUUGGAGGUAUUCAUGCUCAUGAAUAUGUCAUAAAAUUAAUUGAUUUCAGUCAAUGUACAGAUCCAAGUGAUGUUAAUACAUGUCCAGAAGUUGAUAAACUUGAUGUAUCGAAAUGUAUAUCUGCUUCACUUCCAGAAAAAACAAUCUUUUUAUCAAAAGCACAUUUUUAUGGAAGUAGGGAUGAAACGAAGAAACAACUAAAUAUUGAAGGAUUUACACCAACACGUGAUCAACAUGAAGCAUUAAUGUAUUUUGAACCCUAUUCUGGUGUACCACUUCGUACUCAUCAUCGUAUUCAACUUAAUAUUGAAAGUAUCAUUGAUCCUAUGGAAGAUUCCGAGUUGGGAUCUGAUCUUGAACCAGCAGAUCGUGAAGGUGUCAAACGUUUGGUACCUAUCUUAUGGAUUGAUCAAGAAGUUAAUGUUAAUCAUGCAACUAUUAAUAAAUUAAGAAUGAUUCAUCUUGCUCUUCGUCAUGGACAAACUUUUAUCAUCGUAUUAGCCAUAGUUUUAAUUAUCGUUAUCAUUGUUAUUAUAGAACUUGUGACUAGACGAAUGGCCACAAAUGAAGCAAAUGAACGUGCCGGUAGUCCUGAAUCAGACGCAUUCCUUAAAAAAUAA